AUGGUGGAAGAAGACCGAGUUGACAUCUCCGAGGAAAUCAACCCAUUGGCUCCAACUCUUUCUCAACCACCUCCAACACAUGCUCUGCCGCCUUCGACUCCUGCGGGCAUACUCCCGGCAUACUCAGGCGCCCCUCCGGCACAUCUCCCGCCCCUGGCGUCUUCAGGAGCGCUCCAUGCACAUACCUCACAGACGCCCUCUGCCUCUGAGGACCAAGCCCGCAUCGCCGCACUCGAAGGCACGGUCAAUCAAUUGGCCACAAGCAUGGCCGCCAACAUGGCGAAACUGUUUGCCCUACUCAAGGGAUCUAACCGAGCCUCUUUGAGCUCCACGCCUCCACCAGGACCGGGGCCGAUGGCUGAUCCAACCCUGUGGGCUCCACCAAUCCAAGCCCCAGAGAACAUUGAGGUUCCCGCACCGCCAACGCUGCAUACAUCCACGGUCCACCCCUUCACCAGCCAAUUUCUGCCGCCGCCGGCCCCCACGGCUGUCCCUCUUCCACCAACGACCUUCCUAUCCUCGAAGCACGUCCUGUCCGCGCCUCCGCCCGUUUCCAUACCGGCCCCAGCUAUGGCCUACACAGUACCUCCGCCGAUGGUUUUCCUGGCGUCCAGUGCACUUGCUUCGACUCAUCUUCAAGCUGCGGAGCUUCCUCCCUAUCCGUCUCUACAGCCUCACACCGGCCUUUCCUACCAGGCACCGCCCCCUAUAAACACCACCUUCCACGAACCAGGCACGCCGACCCAUGCGGCCCAGUUCACCUCACCGACGCACUUCUUCCCCGAGGCCGACGCCGAACAGGAGCGUAGAUUGAAGCGAAUGGAAGAAACGAUACGAGCCCUACAAGCGGGUGAUGCUCGUCCCGACGCACGCUAUGGCGACUACAGCCUAUUCCCGGGUAUGCGGCUGCCCCCGAAGUUCAAGGUCCCGGAGUUCAAGACUUAUGAGGGCACGACGGAUCCACGCCACCACCUUCGCCACUACCGAGGGAAGAUGCUGCAGAUGGAGGACCCCACCAGCAAAGGGGAGGAGUCAUCAAAGAAGGCCCCCGCGGCGCCGUCGUCUUCCGGCGGGAGGAGAGCGAAGGAAGUUUCGGUAAACGCCGUCAAUACGGCACAUCAGGCGCCCCAGCAAUAUUCAGUGAAUCUCACGACCACACCGACCACCGCUCCUACCUACUUUCCUCCGCCUCCACAACACCAACCUCAGUCGAUCUACUAUUCAGCCCCACCGGUCCCACCGCCGGCGACCUCACAACCAUACGACCACUUUGCACCCACCUCCGCUCAGCCCUCUCAACCCAGGCCCCCGGUGUCGAGAGCUCCUCCACCGGCGCAACAGAACUCUACUUCGCAGGGCCAACAGGCCGGCGGCACGCAAAGCCGACCCCGCAAACAAUACUCGCCGUUGCCCGCUCCUCUCUCUCACAUAUAUCAGCAACUCUUGGCGGGAAAUCAGAUUCGGCCAAUAUCCCCGAGUCCGAACUUCGACCCGUCCGUUCAGGAUCAGUCCAAGCACUGCGAAUAUCAUCAAGGCGCGUCGGGGCACACUCUCGACAAUUGUUGGAGGUUGCGGGACGAAAUUCAGAGGAGGAUCGACAGCAACAGGCUCACCUUCAACGCCGUCAAGCCCCCGAAUGUGCAGGCCAACCCCCUCCCGGACUAUAGGUCGAAUUCGGGGCCCUCCAUCAAUAUGAUCUCCAUAUGCGCCUCGGGGAGGGACGAAGAAGCGCAGGAGAAAUCCCCUCCCUUCUUGGUCAAUUACACUCCCGAAGAACUCAUAGUCGGGCUCACGGGACACGUGGCCUCACCGGCCCCGUUCGUCGUCGACAUCCCUGCCCGGGAGCCGUACUCAGAUAGCAAGGUCCCCUAG